GUGAGGCUGGAAACAGAUCUGAGUAGGGCCGGAGGAAUGACGUCAAAGGCGAUUUUCCGGUUCCGGCUGUUUAUAAUUCGGAUUCUGGUCUUCGGUCUGGUGGUCUUUUCAGUCACAGCCGGGGUUCCAAGUGAGGGAAAGAAGCUCGACGAAGACUUCCUUCGAGAAGCUGAUAGAGUUACGAGUUUGCCCGGACAACCGCCGGUUAAUUUCCGGCAUUACGCUGGGUAUAUCAAACUCCGUCCCGAAGACGACAAGGCCUUGUUCUACUGGUUCUUCGAAGCUGAAGGCGGCGUCGCCGAGAAGCCUCUCGUUCUCUGGCUCAACGGAGGACCGGGUUGCUCAUCAGUCGCAUAUGGUGCGGCCCAAGAACUGGGCCCAUUUCUCAUCAGAAAUAAUCGCUCACAGCUUAUAUACAACAGAUUCUCUUGGAACAAAGUUGCAAAUCUUCUGUUCGUUGAGGCACCGGUCGGAGUCGGGUUUUCAUACACAAACAGAUCGGCGGAUUUACAGACACUAGGAGAUCAAAUUACAGCUAAUGAUUCAUAUGCAUUCUUACUCGGAUGGUUUCGAAGGUUCCCGGCGUUUAAAUCCCAUGAUUUCUACAUCACCGGAGAGAGUUAUGCCGGUCAUUAUGUUCCCCAGCUUGCUGAAGUCAUUUACGAGAGAAACAAGGGAGCAAGUAAAGAAGCUUACAUUAAUUUCAAGGGUCUAAUGAUAGGAAAUGCCGUUAUUAAUGAUGGAACGGAUCAAGUUGGGUUCGUUGAGUAUGCUUGGAGCCAUGCGAUCAUCUCAGACGAGCUUUACCACACCAUUCUCAAGGAAUGUGAUUUCAAGCACAACAAGCAAACAAGCAACUGCAGUAAGGCUGUCAAAGGCUUCUUACAAGCUUACUCAAAUAUCGACAUCUACAGCAUCUACACGCCGGUCUGCCUCCAUUCUUUUGAUCGGAGACCACGGAAGUUGGUCAUCGGUCCUCGGCUCUUUGCCCAACAUGACCUCUGGCGUAAGCUGCCGUCUGGUUAUGAUCCUUGUACAGAAGACUAUACGGAACAGUAUUUCAACAGAGAAGAUGUACAGAGGGCCUUACACGCCAACAUUACUAGACUGACCUACCCAUACACCACAUGCAGUGAUGUUAUUAGGAAAUGGAAUGACUCGCCGGACACUAUACUUCCUAUCCUCCGGAAGCUCUUAAAUGCGGGUUUGCGUGUCUGGAUCUACAGCGGAGACAUGGAUGGGCGGGUACCGGUGACAUCUACAAGAUACAGCAUAAACGAGAUGGGGUUAAAGAUAAGAGAAGGAUGGAGGGCGUGGUUCCACCGGCAUCAAGUAGCAGGGUGGGUGGUAACUUAUGAGGGCGGCCUGACGUUUGCAACGGUGAGGGGAGCUGGUCACCAGGUCCCUGUCUUGGCCCCUCAACAGUCCCUUUCUCUCUUCUCACAUUUUCUCUCUGCAAAAUCCUUGCCACCCUCUCGUUCCUCUUCCUAAGUCUUUUUGAUCUUCAGACCAUCCAUUACAUCUCUCUCUCAAUUGUCAUAAACAUAAACAAUAAUACUGAAUCAUUAUUAAUUUUGUUUCCUUC